AUGUCGUCUUUGCUCAACAGAAGCCGGUUUGGUGCUCAUGGCGACGUCAUGGGCGCUUCCCCCUCAGACGAAGCCGGAAAGACUACUCUCUGCGACGAGAUCAAGAGCAGAGCUAGGGCCGAGUUCGCCAGGAAGAACCUUCCCCAGGCAGAGAUGCUUUACUCGAAGGCUGUGGAGAUCAGGCCGGAAGACGCCACGCUGUACAGCAACUUGGCGGCCGUGCGGCUUGGUCUGAACAAGCCCGGGCCGGCGCUGGAGAACGCCGUCGAGGCGCUUCGCCUGGACCCGGCCUACGCCAAGGGCCACUACCGCAAGGGGCAGGCGCUGAUGGCGCUCGCGAGGCCGGGGGAGGCCGCAGAGGCUUACCGAGCGGGGGCGGCCCUCGAGCCGGAGAGCAAGCUGUGGGCCCCCCUCGUAGAAAAGGCGGAGAAGGCGGCGGCUUCGGCGCCGGCAUCGUCGCCUACGAAAGCGACACCAACCGAAGCCAGCAGCAGCAGCAGCAGCGGUAGCAGCGGUAGAAAGAGUGCUGGUUCGUCAAAGAGCGGCGGGACUAGCGCUGCUUCGCCGGCAGCUUCCACCGCCUCUAGUGGUGGUGGUGGUGGUGGUGGUGGUGGUGGUAGCAGCGGUAGCGGUGAUGCGGGGGCGGGGAUGAAGGGGUACAAGAUAACGGCAGACGGGAAGAAGACGACGUAUUUCAACAACGACCUCACGGAAGAGGCCAAGGCCCUCAUCGGGGACAUUGCUCCCAAGAAGCUGGAGCCCGCCGCUGCAACCGCGCAAGAUUCGACCUCGGCGGGGGGCAACGAGGCGAGCGCUUGGAACAAGGCGGGGACCUGGGAAUCUCGAGAUAUGACAAGCUGGGCGAAGCAGCGUCUCGAAGAGCUCCUGGUAGGAGUGGAGCUGGACGCCUCGGAAAGCGUCGUGAAGGUCGUGAAGGUCGACAAACUCGAGGGAGACGCGGAGAUCUCGUUUUCCCGAGGGAAGAAGAGGUACAUGUUCGACUUCCGCUUCGAACUUAAGUGGGAAGCGCCGGACCUCGACUGCGGCCCCGCGAAGGGGGUGCUCAUGUACCCUGACGUGGGCCAGGACUGCGACGGGGUGUACGACGUCGAGUGCAGGGUGGAUAGCAGCACCCCGACCGCCGCCAGAGGAUUCGUGGACCGACACGUGCGACCAGAAGGCUCGGGUCUGAGGGAGGCGGCGCUGUCUCGCUUGACGGCUUUUACCACCGAAUACUACGCAAAAUAACGAGGAGCUGUUUCGUCGUUUUGUUGUGUGUGUCUUUGACUUCUCGAGCUCGUUGCAAUUUGUUGCUUUCUUGACCAGAUGGAUGAUAGAUCAUUGGUUCAUUGUUCGGGUCUGGGCUGUUCCACGGCCUCAACAGCAAUUUGCAAUAAUAUAUCGGUGGUCAGCGGGUGCUGGAAUGCUAGUGCUACGUACAGUAGUAUGCUUUGUUGUUGCAUUCGGCUGGUGUACAGAAUGGCUUUAAACGGACCAAACGCCGCGCUCGCCCUUGUUUUUGUCGUGGGCAACAGCAGUAGACAGCGGUCGGUGCGUGUGUCAAGUAUUUCAGGGCCAAGACUGGGAGGGCUUACCGCUGGGCUCCCCGCACUACAGCAGUCUUACACCUACUGUUUUUUUAACAACAGUCUGCUGCGUAAACCGAGUAAUUAUACUUCCAUUGGCCAGCUUUGAGCUGCCUGCUAAGGCCGUAUGCACCCGUCGCAGUGUGCACGCAACAGGACGCCGUUAAAUAGGUGGUUGGGCACGCAAGUGCUGUACCACGUCGUUGUAUUUUUCUCUAGUCUCGAGCCGCGUUGAAAGGGAUUUGGUAGAGUUAAUCUUCGGUUUGCACCGACCGCGGCAACCGGGUGAUCAAUGCGUAGAUGAGUGCGCAUCUGUCGUCAAACCGAAUGUUUGCAUCAUGGCGGAGUGUGU